AUGAGCUUUGAAAAUUAUGAUCCUUAUUUUCCUGACCAGGUGGUGGUUGAUCAAUACCUCCCGGUCUGGGCUAACCUUCCCUCCUACCGGUCCAAGCCGGCUUUCAUUUGGGCCGAAGAUGGUUCUUCCGGUUCACCAAAAUGCUCGAGUCUCACUUACGAGGGGUUGAACUACUCGGUGCACUCGAUCGCUUCCCAACUUGCACUAUCCUUCCAAAGGGGUGAUACGGUCGUCAUCUUAUGCUCCCCUGGGCUCGAGCUCGUUGAGAUCCUAUUUGGAUGUCAACGGGCUGGACUUGUGGGAGUGCCGAUCAUCCCUCCAAACCCUACUUUUUCAAAUGAUAAUCACCAUCACCUUAUUCGUGUUUUGUCUCAAACACGACCGAAAGUGGCUAUCGCAGACCGAGGUUACAUUGCGAACGUCCAAGAAUACAUCAAACGUUCUCGUCCUGAAAACCCCCUCGCUAAUCUAUUGCGAAAUCUCGUAUGGAUAUCUAUGGAAAGUCUUAGGGAGGAAAAUGUAAGCUAUGACAAGAGCAUACAUUCAUCGUAUCAAGGUUGCAAGCAAGAUGAGGUGUACUUGAUUCAGUACACCUCUGGGGCAACCGGGAUCCCCAAGCCUGUUUUGGUGACGGCAGGAGCAGCCGCUCAUAAUGUCAGAGUGGCUAGAAAAUCCUACGAUCUUCACCCAAACAGCAUCAUAACGUCAUGGCUACCCCAGUACCAUGAUUGUGGGCUUAUGUUUCUCUUAUUAACAAUCGUUUCGGGUGCGACUUGUGUGUUGACCUCACCCAACGCAUUCAUCAACCGGCCAAGGCUAUGGCUUGAGUUGAUAACCAAGUUUAAGGCGACUUGCACUCCAGUACCCUCGUUCACAUUGCCAUUGGUCGUCAAACGAGGCAAAGCUUCUGACGAACAACGCCUUCCCAUAAACCUAUCCACCAUGAAAAACCUGAUAAUCAUCAAUGAACCGAUAUACCAUGAAGCCAUUAAGCAAUUCGUGGAUGUGUUCACCAAAUUUGGUCUAAAACCUUCCUCAAUUUCCCCAUCCUACGGGCUAGCAGAGAAUUGCACCUUCGUCUCGACAGCAUGGAGAUCAAGAUUGCAAGAGGUUGAUUUCCCUAUCUACAAGAAGCUAUUACCGAGUGCUAAACUUAGGUAUGAUGAAGAAGAUGAUGAAGAAGAACAAAUCAACAUAUAUAUCGUCGAUGAGGAAACAAACGAGCUCGUGGAAGAUGGCUUUGAGGGUGAGAUAUGGAUCGCUUCUUCCCCCAGCAAUGCCUCCGGCUACUUGCACCACCCUUCUUUAACCCAAGAAAUCUUUCAGAGUAGAUUGAAAGGAAGCUUCAGCCAACAACACUUCAUUCGAACAGGCGAUAGAGGGAUCAUCAAAGGCACCGAAAGAUUCCUCUUUGUCACAGGCCGAUGUUCUGACAUAAUAAAACACGAAAACGGAUUCGAAACUCAUGCUCAUUAUCUGGAAACUGCAGCAUAUGAAUCGUGCAUGAGGUUUCUGCGAGGAGGGUGUAUUGCAGCAUUUGACAUUGAUGGGAGUAUGAUAGCGAUUGUUGCAGAGAUGCAGAGGAGUGGUGAGGAAGACGAGGGAAUGCUGAGGAGGAUAUGUGAAGGGAUAAGAGGGUUCACGAUGAAAGAAGAGGGUAUUGAGGUGGGGUUGAUUGCGUUAGUAAAGAGUGGGAGUAUUCCUAAAACAACAUCGGGAAAGAUACAGCGAUGGCUUGCUAAAGAUAGAUUCAUGAGGGGUGAAAUGGGUGUGGUGAUGGAGAUGAAGUUCAGUGAAGAAGAUGAGAGUUUAAAGAAAACUUUAGGGCAAACUCUGAUGAUACGUCAAAGUGAAAAAAGGAAGCCAUUGUUAUACAGUAAUUUAUGA